GCCGUCAUGGCACGAUACCAGCACCACGUCCUUGAGGGGAUGCCGUGCCCGAGAUGAAAUGACGAAUUUGCCCGACAAUCUCUCAUUUCUUCACAGUUUUGCCACUCACUGUCAUCUCUCUCUAUCUGACAUGCUUUGCAUUUUCAUCGCUUUCCAUAGAAGAGUUGGGGGGGGCGCAGAAGGAGGAGACGAGAGAGAACGAAGGCUCCAAAGAAGAAAAGGUUGGAUUUUUGAUCAUUAGGGCCUCGUCAGUUGAUGCGAGUCCAAAGCGGCGUCUCGGCCUCUCUCUGCGCUACCGUACAUAAACCUCGCCCCCGCAUUGGUCGCAUGGGGGAAGUGGAGCGAGGCGACAAGGAGGAGCAGCCGCUCCGCCUCGACUGGUCCGCGCUCUUGCCCGACUCCGACGAUCCGCCGCCGGAGCUUAUCGUCAGCGGCAGGGGGGACCAGGGCCAGGGUGGUUGCUCAGCUCCCGUGGACCCCGAUCAGUGCGCCUUUGCUGAAAUCCAGGGGCUAUCGGACCAGAAGCUCGAGGAGUCCAUCGCCAGUAAGACCAAGACGCUGCAAACCAUAGGCUGUAAGCUGCAUGAUGGAGGUUCGAAGCUCCGCGGUAUGCUUGAGCGCCUCCUCGAGGAGAAGGAGCGCAGGAAGCUCCGUCGGAAUGGCGAGGAUGUUGAUGAAUGCGUGAGAAUCACGACAGCUACAAGUGGUCCUUCUGAUGGCUUCAGGGAGGACACUACACCAUCAGAAAAACAAUCUUCCUUUUCCAGGCUAUUUACUCAAUCUUUGGAUGAAAAUGAUAGGUGAUGUUGAUAAAGCACCACUCAGCUUCAAUCAUGGGGACUGGCGCAGAAAGAAAUGUAAAAGAAAGCUCUCACCAGUGGGUCGGAGAAAGCCUAGUUUAUCAUCAAGAAAGCGACCUUUUCAAUCUCCAAGAGAAAUUUCUCUCGACAGAAAGCAGCAUUCCUUGGAUGGUGGUCGAAGGGGAAGGGCUCGCUUCUCUUCUAAUAAUUUCUAUGGUGAAUUAUUUUCUCAUCGCCUUGCGAAAAGGAAAAAUGACAUGCGUGCUCUACCUUUUAAUGAUUCGACGCCUAAGAAGGAGCUGACAGUUGUUCUUGAUGAUGAAGAGGAAUGUCAUCUUAUAGAAACGGCUGAGCAGGCAGGCGAAAUUGCUGAAUGCAUGGAAGAAACUAAGAUCUACUACCCAUCAAGAGAUGAUCCAGGCUCUGUUGAAAUAUGUUCUGCAGACUUAGACUGCCUUAAACCUGAAGGCUAUCUCACUUCGACUAUUAUGAAUUUUUACAUCCUAUAUCUACAGCUUCAAGCAUCACAGUCAAGUAGGGGAAUAAACGAUUAUCUCUUUUUCAACACAUACUUCUACAAGAAGCUCCAAGAGGCUGUAUCGUGCAAGGAAAAUGUGAGAGAUGCAUCUUUUGCCAGGCUUAGGAGGUGGUGGAAGGGUGUGAAUAUAUUUCAGAAGGCAUAUGUUCUUAUACCGAUACAUGAUGAGCUACACUGGAGCUUGGCAAUUAUAUGUGUACCAGAUAAGGAGGACAGAUCAGGACCGAUAUUACUUCAUCUAGAUUCUCUACAACUUCAUCGAAGUAAAUCUAUUUUUGACAACAUUAGAAGAUUUUUGGUAGAAGAAUGGAAUCAUCUAAAGCAAGAAGUUACUCCUUCAGAUCUCCUUAUAGCAGAUGAGGUUUGGGAAAGGCUCCCUCGUCAAAUUUCAGACAAGAAGAUUAUGCAUUCGCAAGUUUCUGAAGAUGAGAAAACACUUGAUGUCAUCCCUGGCCUGUUAUUUUGGUAUAGGAGAGCAAUUUUUAGUCAUGCGAGAUAUGAAGGAUUUCUGCUUUAUGGGAAAGGAAUCACCUUGGUGUUUUGUCAGUUACGCAAGGUGCCUCAACAAAAAAAUGAUUAUGAUUGCGGUCUCUUUGUGCUGUAUUUCAUGGAGCGUUUCAUUGAAGAGGCCCCGGAGAGGCUAAAGAAGAAUGAUUUAGCUAUGUUUGGGAAGCAGUGGUUCAAGCCAGAAGAGGCCUCUAGCUUGAGAGUGAAGAUCCGUAAAUUGCUCUUGGAGGAACUUGAGAAAGCUAAAGGGUGUCCCGAUACUCCCGAAUCUUCUCCACGUUCAGGGAGUAGUCCUUCUGGAUUACAUGGAGAUGAUCGAAGACUGACUCCCAAAUCUUCUCCACAUUCAGGGAGUAAUUCUUCCGGAUAUCUGGAGAUGAUUGAAGACUGAUUGCAUAGUGUAAUUGAUUGAUUGGCGAUUCUGCCAUGUACAGAGCUAACGAAAUUGAUCCAGAGCCAUACGAGUCUUCCAUUCAUUGGACUAAGAGAAAGCCAACUGUACAGGUAACGUAGGAUCAGUUUUGUAUAGCUUUUUAGAUUUGAACCUGCAAAUAACCCAAGGGAAGGGGUUCCCUCUAAUGGCGUAAAUUACAAACCCGACUGGUCCAACUUUUCUGUUGUUUAUUGGCCGUGGGAUAAGCCCCUUUUGGAUUGUGUUGAAUGGCUACAGUGAGAAGUGAAAUGCUGCUGGACGGUUGAGGAAACACACUAUUUUGAGGCAAAUAUUUAGAAGAAUAUGGCUUUUAUA